AUGGAUAACUCGACCGUGCUUCUCAAAAGGCUUUUUCUGGCCAAAGAAUCAGGAUUCUUCCUAAUUAUUGACAGUCUAGCACAGUCGGGCUGUCUUCUUAUACUGGAAUUUGUUGAGCAUGCACAGGGAGUCAAUUUUGUUGCACUUUCAUUUGAAACCGCAAAGCAGCCUUGUUGGGCGACUCAUUGGAUAGAAUGUUUGGACAAACUGCCAACCGACAUUAGCAAGGAAGUGAGACUUAUUAGUCUGACUGUGAAAAAGGCGGUUAUUGUCAUUGAUUCACUUAACUACUUGUCAAGCGAGCAAUUGAUUGAAUUUAUACAAAAUCUUAUGCUGACCAGUAUCACCAUCGUGGCUACAAUCCAUCAACUGAGUCGACAUCAGACAACCAUAGCAAACUACCCAGACCCCAAAACAUUGCUUCUGUUUAUCGCCAACGCCAUAUUUGAAGUCAAUCCUUGCUCAAAUGACAGCGAUCAAAUUGAGUCUCAAUUGGAGAAUCAUCGUAUUGAAAUGGGGUGGAAUAGUUCAACUUAUGAGCUAGAAUUGACUCAUAGGCGGAAGCUGGGGCGUUCUAUCAAGCACUUUUACACCAUCAAUAGCCAUGAACAUGUGUACACUCCGAGAACGGCAACGAAGGAGGAUGUGAAUGACGAAGAGCUAAUGCAUGACCUAACAACAUUCAAUUUGAGUACUAGUACGCGUCAAAAAUUAGCACGAGAACAAGUUGAACUUCCUUUUAUGCAAGCCCAAGACAGCUUAGGUUCAAGUGGUGGUGCGAUUGUCUACGAAUUUGAAAAAGAUGAUGAUUAUGACGAGGAGGAUCCUUACGAAGAUCCGUUUUGA